UCUCAUUCAGUUCCUGUUUGUAGCUCUUAGCUUUCUGUAAAGGCAGACGCCGUGCCUACAGCUGAACGUUCUGGCUGACUCUCGGAAUCUGUUUGGGUGAAGGAUGCCCUCUCAGCUCCUACUUGUGUGUACACACGUGUGCACGGGAUUCUGCACCUUGCUCUGAGAACUCUCAUCUUGAAGAACAAUGGUGGACCGUGUGGCAAACUCUUUAGAGUCUCAGGAAAUGAUCUAAGAUGCAGCACACCUCUUGCACUGAGGACCGCAUCCAUCAUGCCCUGGAGAGAUGCCUGCAUGGCCUCGGCAGAGCAGCUUCGCUUGCAGAGUCCUGGACUGUACUGAACUCCAUAGCCACCCUGUGUAUGAAUCGCUGGAGCCUGGAGGAGCUGGUCAGCAGAGACCCCGAAAACUUUCUCAUUCUGCUCCAGCAGAUAUUGAAGAGAGCCAAAGAGAUCCAGGACACCUGUGAGUAUAAGCUAGUCAUCCCAUUGAACCUGAUGUUCUUCUCCACUCUUCUGCGGACACCCUUCUUUCCCUGGGAUGGACAGCUUCUCAGAGAGGCCUACCAUGUCUUCUACGGUUUCCUUACAUGGCCUGAGCCAUACUGCAGCGUCAGCCAAGACUUGCUGACUAUCAUCCAGGAGGAAAUGAAGGCUCCAGGAAUCUCCUACCACAGGCUUGUCCGAGAGGAACAGGGCUUGACCACGAACAGUUGUCACAACAAAACCAUAACGGUUCUGCUGAUGAACAUGGACGACAUCCCCAGUGAGUUCCAGGUAGUAACGGAGCAGCUGAGCAGCAUCACCUAUUCCAAAGCGGACAGUUACAUCACUCUUAUUCAGCAUGCCUUCCAGAGCGUCUUUGGGAACAGGAUCUCUCUCAGACAAAUGAAGAAGGAGCUGGAGUCAAAGACUUUAGAGGAGCUGUCCCGUUUUUUUAUGGAGGUCAGCGAAGUUCUGGAAACAGCAGCAGGCUGGCCUGAUUAUAUGAAUGCGAGACAACUUGUGGAGACCAAACUGGAGCAGCUGAGUGCGGAGAUGGGCAUUGAGGUGCUCAAUAGCUGUGCCAUGGAAGGUCUCAAAUCAAGACACACAUUACAGACUAUCCAGUUACCAGUGGCCAAAUGCCUCAAGUAUCAUUGGGAUAAGGAUAACUUCGACGUAUUAAAUGAAAUACUCUUAAAUGAGUGUAAUGUUCCCUCAACAAAUUCUGCACAGCCUGAUGUAGAAGAUGAUGUGGACAAUGACCAAGAGGACAUUGAGGAGGAUGUGGAAAUGACUUGCAUUGAUCACCGGGCUUCCACCAUCUCAACCUAUUCCACUGUAUCCACAGCUUCCAAGGACUCUAUGUUCUCCACGUAUUCUAUUGCCUCCAACCACUCGGCACCUUCUAUAUCAUCGUUUGCUUCAGGAGUAGACAGUGACUUUUGUGAAGACACCGAUGAGGAAACUCGACAUGAGAGACAAACAAAGAACAAGCCCACAUUGACCCGCCGUUUGUCCAGGCUCUUCAAACACCGGAGAAGCACAACCUUACGGCGGACUGAGAGUUUGGGGAACCCCGAGUCCAGAAACUCAUUACCUUUCAAGUCACAAAGGUCCAACUCUUUACCGCAGCAGGUGCGCCUGCAAAGUGCAGAGCGGCAGUUCCUGCGUAACGCCUUCUACCGCAGGAGGCCUUUUCUUAGUUGUGAUGAAGAAAGCAAGACCACUAGGGUGCGGGUGGUUGUGUUUGGCGCUGACCAGAUUUCGGGAAAAAUUGCCAGGGCCUACAGUAACCUCAGACUGCAAGAGAGCAGCUGCCCUCAUCUUACCAGGUACUUUAAACUGCAGUUCUUCUAUGUGCCCGUCAAGAGAAGCCUGGGCAUUUCCCCUCUGGGGCAGCCAUCCAUGCCUUCCAAUUUAUCAGACAGUCCUUCCAAAUCUGCAGCCCAGUUGGAGUCCAGCCUGACACUUCCAGAAGACAGCACCAAUGACAUCGCCCACUAUAUUGGUGCCCUGGACCCCUGGUACAACUGCAACGUUCUAAGCUUGCUGAACUUACCCACUGAUGUUCUUUGCCAGCAGGCAUCCAAGCCUGAAGCAGUGUGCCAAAAUGGUUCCAAGGAGAAGCUUCCUAUUUUGGCAGAUAUGGUCCUGUAUUACUGCAGACAUGCCACUCGUGCUGUUCUGGUUCAGCUGUACCAGGCUGAGUUAACUCUGGCUGGUGGGGAGAAGAGGAGGGAGGUGUUCAUCCAUUCACUGGAACUUGGCCACACCGCAGGAAUCCGUGCAAUUAAAGCUUCAGGUCCUGGAUCCAAGCGCUUUGGAAUCGAUGGCGAUCGGGAGGCUGUCCCAUUAACACUACACAUUGUCUACAGUAAAGUGGCAGUCAGUGGCCGGAGUCAAUGCAUCACAGUGGAUAAGGUGUGCACCUCCAUAAACUUCACCAAAGCUUGCAGACGGCCGGAGGAGCUGGAUUCCAAAAUGGAGUGCCUUCAGCUUACCAUGAUGGAAGUCAUCAAAAGACAAAACUCCAAGUCCAAGAUGGGUUACAAUCAGCAAAUCCAUGCCAGUCAAGUGAAAGUGGACAAGGUUCAAGUGGUAGGGGGCAGCAAUACUACAUUUGCCGUUUGUUUCGACCAGGAUGAGAAGAAGAUUGUGCAGAGCGUGACACAAUGCGAGGUGUCGGUGUGCUACAAGCCAGAAAGCAGCAUCAAUUGGAGGGACCGCAAGCCCCCGCCUCUCCAGAUGCAGUUCCAGCAGUCGGACGUCUGCUCCCUCCUCUGCCUCCCUAUCUCCACUUUCAGUGGAGCACUCUUCUGAAGAGACCAGAGUCUCGUGGUACUUUGUUCUCGUAGUGGAGCAAGGUGGAUUUUAGAUUUACUCUGCACAGGUGGGUGGCGGGGCUAACUGUUUGUCCUGACACAUUCAUGCACUUGCUUAAAUGGAGCCUCAAGUCGCCACUCUCAGCUAGCAUACCCAGUCUUUGAAUUGGACCUUCUUCCUUUUCACUGGGCACCAUCACUUUGUAUCACUUUUUAUUCUUCCUGUAUCUCCUGCUCACAUUGAGCACGUUGGAGAAAGAAAAUCAGUGCUAAAGUUUUGGACGAUCUCCAUCCUUGGGGUUCUCCAUGGAUGAUAAGUGAGGACAGUUAAACCACAGAGCAUAUACUGGGUUUUGUUACAGCCGACCCUUUCUGAAUUUCUCCACCUUGUUUGUAAAAUCAGAAGUAGUUUUUGAACUCGGCCCACCCUUCAAUGUCUUUUGGCCACAAUCUUUGGCAAAGCACUCUUUAACUCCUUUCUUGAUAAAGCCUCUCGUACUUUUCGUCUUUAUGGAAAUCCUCACCUGUUGUGCAGUUUUAACUAAAUUCAUAAGCAUGCGUCCUGAAAUGCCAAAUGUUCACUCACUAUGUUCAAUGUCCAGUUAGACCCAACUUCCAUUACUACUGUGAAAGAAUUCAUGAAAGGUCGCUGGUUCCUGAAGCACUGAGGCAGAGACGUCACAUGAGAAGAUGAUACUCGGGAGAUCACGUCAAGUACGUUGACUGGAUGCGAUAGACAAGUGUGUUAAAGCGAAACCUGUUCACUGUCUCAUGGGAUGCUGUAGAAACGCGCAUUCUGAUUUCAGAGACACAAGGAGCCUAGUUAAGAGGAAAUUUCAAUAGGACACUUUGGUUGGAAUGAAAACCAGCAGCCAUCACCAUUCUCCAGCAAUGGAGCCCGAAUCCCCCCUGAGUUAAGUCAAGGCAGGUCACAGGACCUCCCCAAGCCUAACUUUGUACAGCAUCAUAUGUCUCACCGAGACUUCUGAAAGUCUCCUUGCACACCACCUGCCACCACGGGUUGGGUGAUGUUUCAUGAUGUAUCAUUUGUUAUGAAACUGAUAUACUCGGCACUUCACUUCAGUGGUGAAAUGAGCUAAACUAAACGAUCCAUCCAUUAGCUAUUGUAUGUGCUAAUUAUCUUCAGGAAACUGUAGGAGAUAAUGUCCACUCCAUGCUUUCUGGGUGGAGUUUUCCCCUUCUUCCUGUUUUUCCCUUCCCCAAUCCCAUGGACUUAUUGUGACCCAAAAAUUACAAUUACUAAAAUGCAAGUCAUGAUAAUCAAUCCAAUAUGAAUGUGCACUGUAAACGACUGGCAACCCGUCCAGGGUGGUUCCUUCCUUGUACCCACUGCUGCCAUUAUGCAGUGGCAAGGAAACGUAUGUGAACCCUUUGGAAUUGCCUGGUAUUCUGCAUUAACUGGUGAUAACUUGUGGUCUGAUCUUCAUCGAAGUCACCAGUAUAGACAGACACACUAUAAUUAAGCUAAUAACGCACACACCAUUAUAAUUCUUCCUGUCUUUGUUGAACACACAAUUCAAUUAUUCACAGCGUGCUGUGGAAAAACUAAGUGAACCCUUGGAUUUAAUAACUGGUUGAACGUCGUUUGGCAGCAAUCACCUCAGACUAGCACUUCUGGUAGCUGUGGAUCAGACUUGCAUGACGUUCAGGAGGAAUUUUGGACCUUUCUUCCUUACAGUACCUUUUACAGCUCGGCCAUAUUUUUAGGACAUCUGGCUUGAGCCAGGUUUUAUUUAUUUUAUCGAAAUAAGUCCUCUGCAUCUUGACGCCUGACAUUCAGCCUGCUUUACCAGUCAAGAGUGUAUGUACUUGUAAGCCACGCCUCCAAGCUCAUGCUAUUGGUUGGUCUCCAGGUUUGCGCACACCUGACUCCUUCAUUGGCCUGAGGGUUCACAGACUUUUUCCAACUUGGACUGUGAAUGUCUGAGUGAUGUAUUCAAUAUGUACAAGAUAAUGCGCUGAUUUGUGUGUUAUUAGCUAAAACAGGCUGUUUUUGCUCGUUAGAUGGAGAUCAGGCCAUAUUGUAAGACACUUUUACACAUACGUACUUUUUCUUAACCGCUAUAGGCUCGUCACCCUAAAUAUAAGUGACUUUGAUAAUGAAUGGAUGGAUUAUGUUUAAUAAAUAUUCCACUAUGGUUAAAAUGGACAAAUCAGUGUCCGCUUCAGUGGGCUGUGUAAUGUUAGCUUGGGUCCUGCCUUGCCCCCCAAGAUCCGCUUUGUGGCCCUAAACAAACACUAAGCGGAUUAUUAACGAAAGUGGGGAAAAUGGAAAAUGCCUGAAUUUAACGCACAUAAUUCAUCAGAUGUUUAUCCGUCUGUCGUUGGCCAUCUAACACUGUGUCGUGACGUGCAAUAACUUAACGUGUUUUGUUUUUGUUUUUUAUUAAGUUUUAUUUAUUUUAUCGAAAUAAGUCCUCUGCAUCUCGACGCUUUAUGAUCUGCCUACCGCUGUUAACAUUAUUAUUUUUUUAAUAUACGCUGUACAGUCCCAUGCAUCCCUGCUUGAGGCCAUCUGUUAGGGUUAGACGACGCAGUUCGGUCUCCACUUCCCUGACUCUUCAGUCGGUACAGCAUACAAGGUCAUGAACGGGGAAAGCGGAGAAAAUGGCGGCCGUCUGACGCGCACGCUUACUGAAAAGCACCGACAGGCCUUGUCGCCACUUCCCCUGCUGCCUUUUUUUUUUGUUUUAACUUUGCAAAGUCUCCCACAAUGUCAUGAGUGGUAUGUGAUGCCUAACUGGGCUACUAGAGCGAUGAGGUCAGUGCCAAGCGAAAGAACACCAACCUGGUAUCAAAUGAAGCGGCUUUGGGAUGUCAUCACAGAGCUGUGGGAAAAAAAACAAGUGAACCCUUGGAUUUAACAGCUGGUUCAACGUCCUUUGGCAGCAGUCACAACUCUACGCUGUUAUGCCAGUGGUCUUAAUUACAACCUCGGCCUCUUUUAGGAGGACAGCCUGAUGAAGUUGACACCCAAACGCCAGCUUAGGUUCAGCCUCUGUCGAUCACUCAUCUAUAUGAAAGAGUUUGUACUUUAUUGCUUGUAUCAUAAUGUACAUAUUUAAUAAAUAAAAAUCUAUUUUAUGUAUUUUUAAACACCUUUGUGAUAAGACUUUCACUUGCAAAUUGCACUAAUAAAACAAGUUGUCUCCUCA